UCUUUUCAGACCAAUCAUUUGCCUGUAAACAAAAGUCAUUCAAUUUCCGACGGGUUCCCAAGUGGGGGGAGGAAGUCCAUGCAUGAUGGUAUGGUGGCUUGGUACCAAGAUGGAGGGAGGGAGGAAAUCUGCACACAAGCUUCGGGAAGGCUCGGCUCGGCUUGGGUAGGAGGGAGAGGUAAAAAGUGCGUCAGGCAAUUAUGGAAAAUUUUUGUUUAUCGUAUGGGGGUUUCUUUUGUUUUUUUGUUGACGAAAACAAAAACAAAAACAAAAACAAAAACUAACAGAAACUAACAGAAACGAAACGAAACGAUUAGUAAACAACCGAGAAAAACAAAAAGAAGAUUUUGUAGAGGAGAAAAAAAUGAAGGAAAAAAAAUGAAUGAAUGAGUGGGUUGAGUGAGUGAGUAAGUGAGUGAAUAUCCAUAGGGGUUCCCAUUUCAAAGUUUUCUUUUUCUUUCUCGCUGUUUCUUAAUUGCAUUUCCGUUUCGGUUUCGUUUUUUUUUUUCUUUCUUUCUUUUUCUUUUUUCUCUGUUUUUUUCGUUUCAACAGUC